AUGACAAAAUGUCUUUUCAAGGCUUUAAAAGCCGUUGACCUCGAUCAACAUGUUGGAUUAUUUCGUUCACUUGGUUAUGAUUCAGCUGGUGCAUUAGCACGUUUUCGUGCUGAACAUUUUGAAAAAUUGAAUUUUAAUGAACAAGAACUACUUCGUCUUAUUGCUUUACUUGAUGUUCUAAAAGAAGCAACACAUGAAGGAAAGAUUUGUCCACAUUAUUUUAAUUCAACUAAAACAAAUAAACAACAAUCAACAAUAAAAUCUGUUCCCAUUCAAGCCAGUUGGAGUGACGAAACUGUUCAACAACGAAAUUCUCAAUUAACAAUAAAAAAACAAUCAAAUGGAAAUUUAAAACCAAAACGAUUAAUAAGUUCAAUGGGAAUUACUGGACGUUCAUCUUCAGCAUCAAUGGCAACAAUGAAAUCAAUUAAAAAUCAUUCCAAUGAAGUUAUUUCACAAAGAUCAUCAACAGUUGUUAGUCGACAACAUUCUAUUAUAUCAACAAGAAAUAAUAAUCAACGAUAUUUAGGACCAAAAUCAUUUUUAACUCGACCAGCAAUUCAACAUGUUAAAGUUAAAUCAUAUAAUUACGGUAUUCCAAGUAAUAAACGUUCACGAAAUAUUUCAUAUCGUGCUAAUUAUCAAUUUUCAUCAAAAAUUCAUCAUGGUUCAAUAUUUGUUUCGUCUUCACAUCAUACAAAUGAUACAGUCUCGUAUGCUAAACCAGCUGAAAUAUAUGUUUAUGCUCGAAAACGACCAUUAUUAUCUACGGAAUCUAAUUUUCAAGAUUCGAUAGCUGUACCAGAUAAUAAACGUAUUAUUAUUUCAGAAAAUAAAGCAAAUCUUGAUUGUACACCGUUACUUAAAAAGACAGAAUUUGAAUUUGACCAAGUAUUCGGAUCUGAUGUAUCAAAUAAACAUAUAUUCGAAUCUACUGUAUUGCCAUUUAUAUCAACAAGUCAUCGUCAUAAUUUAACAUAUAUUUGUUUUGGACAAACAGGAUCUGGUAAAAGUCAUACAAUAUUUGGUAGUAAAAAUAACGAUGGUUUAUUAAUUUAUUGUACACAAUUACUUUUACAAGAGAUUAAUUUCGAAAAUAAACUUGUUUGUUCAUUUUAUGAAAUAUAUAAUAAUCAAGUAUAUGAUUUAGUUAAUGCUGGAAAAAGAUUAUUUGUACGUGAAGAUGGUGAACAUCAUGUUAAUGUAAUUGGUGCAACUGAAAUUCUAUUAAAAACCUUAGAUAGUUUACGUUGUGUUAUUGAUGAUGGUCUAACAAGAAGACAUCAUGGAAAAAGUGCAUUUAAUUCGAAUUCAUCUCGAUCACAUGCUGUUUUUCAAAUAACAUUAAAAACUAAUUAUGAUUCAUCCGAGAGUUUUAGACUUAUAUUCAUCGAUUUGGCAGGUAGUGAACGUGCAACAGAUGCUCAACAUAAUCAACGACAAACUCGUCGUGAAGGUGCACAAAUAAAUUGGUCAUUAUUAGCAUUAAAAGAAUGUAUUCGUUCAAUGGAUAUGACACAUUCUCAUGCACCAUUUCGACAAAGUAAAUUAACACAUAUACUACGUGAUUCACUUAUUGGUUCAAAAACACGUACAUGUCUUAUGGCAAAUGUAUCUCCACCUGAUGAUUGUUGUCAAUGUUCAUUAAAUACUCUUCAAUAUGCUUCUCGUAUUCGUGAUAUCAGUAUUCGUCAUCGACAUCGAUCAAUGCCAGUGACAAAUAUAGAAGUGAAUUAUUUUGAUGAUACUUUGAAAGAAGAAGAAAUUCUUCAAGAAAAACCACAACGAACAUUUAAACCAGCAACAGCAUCAACACCAGUUCAUCGACUUAUUUCGUCAGUUGAUCAAAACAUUUAUAUGUCAAUAAAUCAAACAGAUGGUGUUACUCGUACCACAAAACCAAUCGAUAUUGAUUGGCAGAUAGCCGAUGAUGAUAUUCCAAUAAGUGGUGGUGGAGAUAAUCUUCCAUUAAAAUCAUUAACAUCAUCAACACGUGAAUUUCUUAUAAAUUCAAAUACUAAUAAUCAACUACAAUAUAAUAAACAUAAUAUAAAUCUAUUUCAACAAAAGAAAACAAAUGAUAUUGAUGAAAGUCCAUCAAGUUAUUUUCCACAACCACAAUCGAAUAUUAAAACAUCUUCAUCAAUAAAAAUAAAUGAAAUCAAACGAUCCUAUAAUAAUUCACAUCUUAUGUAUGAUGAUGGUAAUGAACGACAAUGGAAAAUUGUUCCAGCUCCAACAACUAAUCGUCUUUCAAAUUCAUCUAUUGAACCAUCAAAUACAACUAGAAUUAUUCAUGUUGCUCCUAUUCAAAUACCUGAUGACAAUCCAUAUAAUAGUACAACAGGUACAGAAAGUCUUGGAACUAAAAUAACAAAAGUAGCAACUCAUAGUCAACGAUAUCAAGCACCUAUAAUACAAAAUGGAUUAGUUGAAAAUUUAGAUUUAUAUAAACAAUAUGAUCCAAGUACAAUUAUAACAGAUACUGAACAAACACUCUAUUCAGAUCGACAAGCAACACAACGAGAUCAAACAGAAUUUUUUACUAAUCGUGAUGAAUUAUUAUCGAUUUUAUCAAAUCGAUUAACAAGUACUAAUCGACGACCAUCAACAGUAACAACUCCAAAAACAAGAAAAUUAAGUUCUAAAAAUGAACUUUUAAAUUCAUCUUAUUCAAAUAAAUCAAAAAAUUCAUCUUUAUCAACAAAUAAAAUUCGUCAAAAAACUCGUCUUAUCAAAUCUGCAUCAUCAACAAGUAGUUUAGCAAGUGUUAAUCGAGAAAAAAAAUCUACAUUUGAUAAUAAAAAACCAAAAGUUACCUUAUCAAAUAAUCUUCAAAAAUUUCAUUCAACUAUUCGAUCUUCACCAAAUCGUCAUCGUCAUCAUCAACAACAACGAACAGUACCAUUACGUGUUCAGCACAGUUCAGAUUCUGAAGAACAUGAUAAAACACGUCAUAAUACUCAUCGUCGAAAAACAUAUUCAUCAAAAAAUACAUCAUAUUCGACACGUAAUGAAAUUUGUCAAACAACAAAUAAUAUUCAUAGAAUGAAAAAUGAACAAGAACAAACGGAUGAAUAUUUUUUUCAUGAACAAAGAAAUGUUAGUAAGAUAACUGGACAAUCACCAUUAUUAUCAGUACCAGCUUCGACACCUAUACCAAUAUCAGUAUCUUCACCAGUAUUAAUACCAAGUAAUUUACUUCAGGCGCCACUCGAUCAAGUUAAACUUGUUUUUAAUCGAACAUUAGAGCAACCAAUAUCACCAUUAUUAUUGUCAUCAAAUAUUAAUAAUCCAUGGCCAACAUCAACAUCAUAUAGUUCACCAUCAAAGGAUUUCGGCGCACGAGUAUCUGAUCAAUUAAAUGCAUUACGUACAUUACUUGAAACUCGUCUUGUAGAACAAGAUGAAACAAAACAAGAGAAAAAAGAUUCAUCAAUUCUUGAAUCAUCUCCAGGUAAAUAUGCUCGAGAAUUUCUUCAAUCACUUCGUCAAUCACCAUUGAAAAAUAAUUCAAGAGAAUUAAUUAAUGAUUUUAUUGAUGAUGAUAUAGAAGUAGAAAGAAAUUUUCAUAAAAAUAAAAAUAAUAAUAACACGAAAAAUGGAAAAAUACAACACUAUGAAGGUGAUAUUUUAUCGACAACAACAACAUCUUCAAAUCAACAUGGAUAUUCAUCAAUUCAUAGUCAUCAUUAUGAACCAGUCAUACAGCCAAGUUUAUCAUCUCUUUCAGAUGAACUCAAUCAAGCGAAAGUUAGUUCAAGCUUAACACCUUCAUCGACAUCAACAAUAACAUCAAAUCUUGCAGCUAAAAUUGAUACACAAGCACGAAAUUUAUCAAGUCAAGCUGAUGAUAUUCACUCACAUCAAUCAACUAAUGAAAAUUAUCAAGCAGCAAAUGAUACGAAAGGUAUUCGUGGUAAUGUUAGUAAUCCAACAAGUGAUAGUGAACGUACAUCACAAGUAAAUUCAACAUUACAAAAUCCAUUUACAAGAACAUCAUCAGCAGGUUCAAGUUCAAAUGAAUCUCGAUCACGUUCACCUAUUCUUAUUCCACCAUUUAGUACAUUUGAUAUAGCUAGUAGUACAAAUAAUGGUCAUGAUCAUUUAUUAGAUAGUGGCAAGGGUAGUUCAUUUCUUACAGGUUCUUCAUUCGAUGCAUUAUUGAACAGUCUUAAAAGUAUGCGUGAAAAAGAUCUUGGCUUUUCUGUACGUACCAGCGACGAUAAACUCAUUGCUGUUGUCGAUUAG